CGGCAGAGGGGGCAGGGCGAGGAGGGGCGGACCUUGAAGUUGGGGAAGUGAGUUCCUCCCUUAAGAGGUCGCGGGCUCUGGAGUGUAGGUCAGGUCGAUACCCGAGGCGAGGGAGGGAUCUUUCCUAGGCAUCUAUUUAAGAGGGCUUUUGCUGUCCCGCGGUUGGAGGAAAACUUGUAGGAGUUCGCGGGACGAUUGUAAAUGAGGUACCUUUGUGUUCGGUCAUACUGUGCUCUGAUUGUCAAUGAUUAAAACUCUGAACGUAAACCAAGAAUCCUGAGGUUUGGGAUUCAGGUCUUCGCGGGUCACUCUCUCUGUUUCAAUGGUUGAAAACUUGUUGGGUGAUGUUUGCCAGUAAGGAUCUAGAUUAAUUGAGAGAUCCAUGACUUAGAGGUCGUUAAGGGAGGUCAGUAUACCUGUGAAUCAAGUCCAGAUUUUGGAGUAGUGGUCACUAUCUGGCGCACAAAUUGAAAAGUUGAACUUUGGAGACUCAGAAGCUCUGGCUGGUCCUGGCCAUUCAUGUAAGGGAUAAGAAGUGAAUGAGGAAAGACUUCCAGGACCUAGAUACCAUUUCUGGAGAGACUUCAUCAGUGACAGAGAUUUUUAGGGCAUCUACAGAAGAGACACAGAGCAUCUCAGCUGACCAUUUUCCCUAAGCAGAAGAAAAUGACCAGUGUUCAGGUGAUUUUUAUCUGAGUUCGUGCUCUCUUUUAUUUGCUAAUGGAUUUGUAAAUGCCUAUGAAAAUCAUUUCAGAAAUUAUCUAGCGAGGAGUACAUUUUGUGUCUAAUGUGGCAAAGUACAAUCAGGAAUAUAGUGUUCACAUGAUUUCCACUAAAGGCUUAAUGUUGGAACUUCAUGUGUAAAAGAAAGAAUUUUGUAGGUAGCAGUAGUUUUCAGCUUGUGCCUAAUAUCUUAGAAGCCAGCGCAGCAAGCGGAUCAUGGAGCCAUUGACACUGGAGGACGUGACUGUGACAUUCAUGCAGGAGGAAUGGCAGCUGUUGGAUCCUGCACAAAAGAAUCUGUACAGAAAUGUGAUGUUGGAGAACUACAGCAAUCUGGUGUCAGUGGGGUAUGAAGGCAGCAAGCCCGAUGCACUCUUCAGGUUGGAACAAGGAGGUCCUUGGAUAAUAGAUGAAAUAUACAGUCAUAUCUGUCCAGAAAAUGACCAAGUUGGUAAUCAUCUACAGGGUCACAUGAAAAAUCAAAGAAUGCUAAAGAGUAUGGAACAAUAUCAUAAACACAAUGCAUUUGGAAACACAGUUUUUCAAAGCAAAAGUCAUCUUGUGUUUCAUAUAAAAACUUUCAAGUCAAAGUUAAAUUUUGAAAAUCAGAACAAAAACUAUGAAAUUAAGAAUGCUACUAAAUUUAAGGAAAAUGUGGAGACAUUUAUGAAUGGCAAGAGUGAACAAUUUCAUUCUGUUAAAUUCCCUGUAAGUAGAAAACCCAUUAACAAGUCCCAAGUCAUUAAGCCUCAGAAAAUUCAUAAAAUAGAGAAAAACCAUGUAUGCAGUGAAUGUGGAAAAGCCUUUGUCAAGAAGUCUCAGCUUACUGAUCAUGAGAGAGUUCAUACAGGAGAGAAACCUUAUGGGUGCAGUAUGUGUGCAAAAGUAUUCUCCAGAAAGUCCAGACUCAAUGAACAUCAGAGAAUUCAUAAGAAAGAGAAUUCAUUUACAUGCAGUGAAUGUGGAAAAGUCUUCACCAUGAAGAGCCGUCUGAUUGAACAUCAACGAAUUCACACUGGAGAGAAACCCUAUAUAUGCAGUGAGUGUGGAAAAGGGUUCCCGGGUAAGCGUAAUCUCAUUGUACAUCAGCGAAAUCAUUCUGGAGAGAAGUCCUUUGUAUGUAGUGAGUGUGGAAAAGGCUUCACUGGGAAAAGCAUGCUUAUCAUACACCAGCGAACUCAUACAGGAGAGAAGCCCUACAUCUGCAGUGAAUGUGGGAAAGGCUUCACCACAAAGCACUAUGCUAUCAUACACCAGCGAAAUCAUACAGGAGAGAAACCAUAUAUAUGCAAUGAAUGUGGGAAAGGUUUUACCAUAAAACAUCGUCUGAUUGAACAUCAGCGAAUUCAUACAGGAGAGAAACCAUAUGUGUGUAGUGAAUGUGGAAAAGGAUUUCUCAGGAACAGUAAUCUCAUUGUACAUCAGCGAAAUCAUAUAGUAGAGAAAUCUUAUGUAUGUAAUGAAUGUGGAAAAGGCUUCACUGUCAAGACCGCACUCAUCAUACAUCAGCGAACUCAUACAGGUGAGAAACCCUUCAUUUGCAGUGAAUGUGGGAGAGGCUUCCCCUUGAAAAGUCGACUGAUUGUACAUCAGCGAACACAUACUGGAGAGAAACCUUACAAAUGUAGUGAAUGUGGGAAAGGUUUCAUUGUUAAUAGUGGACUAAUGGUACAUCAGCGAACUCACACUGGAGAGAAACCCUAUGUAUGCAAUAAAUGUGGGAAAGGUUUUGCCUUUAAGAGCAAUCUUGUUGUACAUUGGCGAACUCAUACUGGAGAAAAGCCUUUUAUGUGCAGUGAAUGUGGGAAAGGCUUCACCAUGAAACGUUAUCUUAUUGUACAUCAGCAGAUCCAUGUAAGAGAGAAGUCCCAUACAUGUAGUGAAUGUGGAAAAGGCUUUGUCAUGGAAACUGAGCUCAUUUUACAUAAGCAGGUUCAUACUGGAGAGAAACCAUAUGCAUGCAAUGAGUGUGGUAAAGGCUUCACUGUGAAAAGUCGCCUAAUUGUUCAUCAAAGAACACAUACAGGAGAGAAACCUUUUAUUUGCAGUGACUGUGGAAAAGCCUUCACCUCAAAGAGAAAUCUUAUUGUACAUCAGCAAACUCAUAGUGGAAUCAAACUCUGACAAUGCAAUGAAUAAUGCUUAUGUCGUCAGGAAGAAAGUAUGUCUUCUACGACAUCAUGUUUCACACAGAAUAGACUUUCUUUAUGUAUAGUGAGUUUGGAGAAUUCUACACUGUGAAGUCUUCACCAGAGAAUUUAUUAAAAAAUGCAGUUGUGGGAAAAUCUUCAACAUGAAUUGUCUAUUUUAAUUCUUUGGUGCACCCAGUAUAAUCAAAGAAUUUCUACUAGAGAAGAGAUUAUGGAUUUAGCAAGUGGAGCUAAUGUCAUUUAUCAUGUUUCAUUAAAAAUACACUACACAUUAUAAGCAAUGUGUUAUGUCAAGGCACAUAAUCUUUUGCACAUAAUUUGAAUUCAUGACAUGGAAGCAAGCUUAGGAGGGCCAAACCAUAUUAGUACUUGAACUCAUGUAUUAAUGUGCUCCUAGCAUACAUGAGUACCAUUUUGUGUAGAGCAGCAGUAUAGAAGUAAAAUUAAAUGACUAUAGACAAUAUACUAGUGCCUUCACUGAUUAACACAUACUGUAUGUCAAAUGUGGGAAAACCCUCCUGAUACAUUCAAAGUAGAAAAGUGUUGAAGAAUUUCUAAGUAAAUACAUGUCUUGAAUAUGUGGAGCUACAGUACAUGUGAAUAGGGAGACUAAGAAACCCUUGUAUGGGAAGAAAGACACUAUCUCAUUGAUGAACAAAAUAGAUUAUCAGUGAGCUGAAACAGUGCCAUAGUGAUCAUAGGAAGGUAUUUUGCCCAAAAAUGUGUUGCGAGCUGCUGAGCUAGUGAUUCUUGACGUGCGGAGCCAAAGAGGUGAACAGGUGUUCUAAACACGAGAACACAGAUCUUAGCUAGUUAAGCAAAGGGGCGUUUCAUGGCAAAUGUACAAAUAAACACAUUGCAGUGGAUGAGCAGUCUUUUCUGCCCAUCAGGAGAAAGGGAUCCACGUGACCUUAGCUUUCUGUCUCUAUCUUUAAUUUCUUUAUCCUCUUGAUGGUCUUCUACCCAGGAACUUAAGAGAGCUUCUGUGGACAUGACAGAAAUAAAACCUUUGUAAUGAACUAUUUCACACUGAAGAAAGGACAUUUCAGAUGGUAAUACAUAUGACAGGACUUAUAGUGCUAUAUUCUACCUCAUCAUUUAUCCUUAAAACAUACAGAAACAAAACUACUAAGAACACACUAAAAGUGUAGUAACUAGCAAGGUGUCAGACAUUCAUAGAAGUCAAAAGCCCACAUUAAAAUAAUGUAUUUUAAAGGACUGUCUUAUCACAAGGCUAUAGUUACAACACCUGGUAAUCACUUUGAAACACAGUUUUCUCAAUGAUUCUACCAGUUUAAAAUGGAUUGUUCUCAGCUGCGUGUGGUGGUUCACACCUGUAAUCCCAGCACUUGGUAGCAGAGGCAGGAGGAUUACCAUGAGUUCAAGGCCAACCUGAGUUACAUAAACAAAUUCAAGGGCAACCUGCAGUAUAUACCAAGACACUGUUUCAAACAAAGAUUGUUCUCAGUUGAUUAAAUUUUAAUAUGAAAGGCAA